GGCACAGCACCCAGCUCAGCGACUCCUUCACGCCGCACGCUCAGGGGCGGGCCCCGGAGGCAGCCCGGGGCGCUCCGCCGCGUCCCCAGGCGCGCCGCGGGGCGGGGAGCCGAGCGCUGGGGGCCGCCCGCUGGCGGCCGAAGGGAAGCGGCGGCGCUGACAGGAGGGAGGCGGGAGCGGCAGCUCCGCCCUGGCAGCCGGGUGUCGGGCUGCUCUCCGCCGCUCCGGUGGGGACGGCGGCAGCAGCGGCGGGGGCUGCCUGCGCCGUCAGCGGGGACCCAGUGCUGCCCCGCUGCGCCCGCCCGCUCCAUCGCACGUUGUUGUCAUGGAGGAGCCAAGAUGGCGGCGCUGGCCUACACCGGGGGCAAGCGGGAGAUCAACUACUACUUCAGCGUGAGGAGCGCCAAGGUGCUGGCGCUGGGCGCCGUGCUGCUCCUCACCGCCUGCCACGCCGCCUCCCGCCGCUACAGAGGUGGUGAUACAUGUGAAUAUCUUCUGUCCAGUGGGAGAUUCCUUGGGGAAAAAGUAUGGCAACCUCACAGUUGUAUGAUGCAUAAAUAUAAAAACAGUGAAGCAAAAAACUGCCUCCUAGAAAGACAUGUUGCCUUUAUAGGAGAUUCUAGAAUUCGACAGCUGUUCUAUUCUUUUAUAAAGCUCCUAAAUCCUCAAGUCAAAGAAGAAGGAAAUAAGCAUGGAAAUAUCCUGUUUGAAGAUAAAUCUGCUUCAAUUAGAGUGGAUUUCCUGUGGUAUCCAGAAGUUAAUGGCUCUAUGAGGCAACGUAUCAAAUCUUGGACUGAGGAUUCUGUGGCAAAACCUCAUAUAAUUGUAGCAGGAGCUGCCACGUGGUCUAUCAAGAUUCACAAUGGCAGCAACGAAGCCCUCACCCAGUACAAAAUCAAUAUCACUUCAAUUGCACCUCUUCUGGAAAAGCUAGCCAAAAGUAGUGAUGUUUACUGGGUCUUACAAGAUCCUGUUUAUGAAGAUCUGCUGAGUGAAAGCAGGAAGAUGAUCACCAAUGAGAAAAUAGAUGCUUAUAAUGAAGCAGCUGUUCGGAUUCUGAACAGCAGCUCCCGAAAUUCCAAAGCUAAAGUGAAAGUCUUCAGUGUGUCAAAAUUAAUAGCACAAGAAACUAUCAUGAAGUCUGCAGAUGGUCUGCACCUCCCUGAAUCGAGCAGAGAUACAAAUGCGAUGAUCCUCAUGAAUGUCUACUGCAAUAAGAUCAUGAAGCCCAUUGAUGGCUCCUGCUGCCAGCCUCAGGCUCCUCUCACUCUGAUCCAGAAGCUAGCUUUCUGUUUCUUCACUUUGUCCAUCAUUGGCUACUUAAUUAUCAGUUUGAUUCAUCGGAACAAUUACCGGAAGAACAAACCCUGCACUGAUUUGGAAAGCGGAGAGGAGAGGAAACCUGCCGUCAGCGCUCCUAACGGUUCUACCUUAGAGAUGCUCUUGCAUUCCUUCUGCAAACUUGGCCUAAUCAUGACCUACUUUUAUCUGUGUGACAGAGCAAAUCUUUUCAUGAAGGAAAAUAAAUUUUAUACGCAUUCUUCUUUCUUCAUACCCAUCGUCUAUAUCUUGGUUCUGGGGGUAUUUUACACUGAAAACACCAAAGAGACUAAAGUGUUAAAUAGAGAACAGACUGAUGAAUGGAAGGGCUGGAUGCAGCUUGUUAUUUUGAUUUAUCAUAUCUCUGGAGCAAGCACUUUUUUGCCUGUCUACAUGCACAUUCGAGUGCUGGUUGCUGCAUACCUGUUCCAAACAGGUUAUGGGCACUUCUCCUAUUUUUGGAUCAAAGGGGACUUUGGAGUGUACAGAGUGUGUCAGGUUCUGUUUCGUCUCAAUUUCCUGGUUGUGGUUCUGUGCAUCGUGAUGGACCGACCUUACCAGUUCUACUACUUCGUGCCAUUGGUCACUGUCUGGUUUAUGAUCAUUUAUGCCACCUUAGCUAUAUGGCCUCAGGUAGUCCAAAAGAAGGCAAAUGGGAACUGCUUGUGGUACUUUGGGUUACUGCUGAAGCUGCUUUGCUUGCUGACAUGUAUAUAUUUUCUGUCAUACUCUCAGGGCAUGUUUGAGAAGAUCUUCUCUUUCUGGCCACUGUCCAAAUGUUUUGAACUGAAUGGGACUGUCUAUGAGUGGUGGUUCAGGUGGAAGUUGGACCGCUAUGUGGUUUUCCAUGGGAUGCUUUUUGCUUUUAUUUACCUGGCAUUGCAGAAAGGUCAGAUGAUCUCAGAAGGGAAGGGAGAUCCUCUUUUCUCCAGCAGAGUUUCGAAUGUUUUAUUACUUGUUUCAGUUGUGUCCUUUCUGACCUACUCUAUUUGGGCUAGUAGCUGUAAAAACAAGACAGAGUGCAAUGAGCUACAUCCUUCUGUUUCUGUGGUGCAGAUUUUAGCUUUCAUCCUCAUCAGGAACAUUCCUGGCUACAUCCGGUCUGUCUACAGCUCCUUCUUUGCCUGGUUUGGUAAAAUCUCUCUAGAGCUUUUCAUUUGCCAAUACCACAUUUGGCUGGCAGCAGACACAAAGGGGAUCUUGGUGCUCAUUCCUGGAUAUCCAAUGUUCAAUGUUCUGGUCAGCACUUUCAUCUUCGUGUGUGUGGCACAUGAAAUCUCUCAGAUCACAAACGACCUGGCACAGAUCGUGGUUCCUAAGGAUAACUCCACUCUGCUGAAAAGGUUGCUCUGCAUAGCUGGAUUUUUUUCUGGACUGCUCCUCUUCUCAGCAGUGCAAGAUCAGUCAAGGCAUUGACUUGGGAAAGGUUCUUGGCAGCUUCCUUCAGGUUGACAUCGCUUCUGCCUGAACGAAAAUUCUGCGCCGGAGAAGCGAGGAGACAUUGACAUUAGGGGCGUGGAAAGUGUAUAUAGAGCACGUGGACAUCCCUCGUGUGGGAAACAGCCUUCUCAAGUAGCCAGAGAAGGAAGAAUGCACUGUACAGAGCUGCAUGUGGAGAUGAGGCUUUCCUACUGGAUAGAUGUUUCUGUUUACAUGGCAUGAGGCGGCGAAGGGCUCCAGCGAUCCCAUGGGCUGAGCGUGGAGCCAGCUGCACCUGGGCUCAGCCACCCGAGGAACGGCUGUCACUGCAGGAAUCAUGCUCAGCAAGGAACAAGCCACAGCAAACUUGUGACCCUUUCUUAGUGGUCACCUUUAACUGAUGUGAAACACAGAGUUACUGGGCAACCAGGGCAUUCUUCUGAACAAAAUGGUGAUUUCUAGGGGGUCUUGGUUAGAAAUGAGUAUUCUGGGGGGAGAUAGUAAAUGUGAUAUGAAACCCUUUAUACCUGGAAACAAAAACUCAUCACCAGUUCAGUGACUGAAGAUCACAUACAAGUUUACAUACUGUUUUAGGGUUUGGUUUUUUUAGACAUUUGUUUUCAGCAGAUAUGGUGAAUUCUGAGGUGAUUUUUUUUUUUUUUUAUAGAUAUAUAAAUAAUUUUUUUUUCCUCCCCCAAAAAUUCUUUGCUUUCCCUAAAUCUUCCACUAAUUUGUGUAACUGUGCAAUUCUCUGCACACAGAACAAACAGAUGGAUGCUUUCCAAAGGCUCAGUUUGAGAUGGAAAGCUUCUAGAAGCCCUCCAGCCUUUUCCAGUCAGAUGAAAUAUCAUCAUCCCCAACUCCAUCAGAUCGUAAGGAAUGGGGAGAACAAGGGAAGGGUGAUCUUCAGACCCCUAUCUGAGUUUGCAGGUGACCUGGAACUGGUGCCAAUCUCUCUCCUGUAAUCAUAUUUUCAUUUAAAAGGCUGCAAGUCAGUGUGUUGAAAGCAGGAGGGACUGAGUGGUCAGCCUGUUGCACACAGCUGGCUGGGUCUCAGAACUAUAGAAGAAAUGAGAUUGGAGCUGCCUGGGGGAAGCUUUAUUCCCCUGUGUUUUUUUUUCCUUUUUUUGGAGUGUCCAUCUUGUUAACUCUUCCUUUUAGCACAAAAAAGUAAAGAAAUAGCCCUUCAAGGUGACAAGGAGAAGCUCUAACUUAGUGAAGUUAUGGUCAUUUCUUCAGAAAGCUGUUUGUGCUUCUGCUUCAGGUAGGUUUGACCUCAUUUUUUUUGUUUAUUCUUCUCCCAAUUACCUGUUAGCAGCCAAAACUCAUGAGCACAAUGUUGCUUUCCAAGCAUAUGUGCAAUUAUCUGUGAUUAGAAACAAUAGGAAUCUAAAUUUGUAGCCUUUCUACUGUCAUGGCCAUGGUUUUGAUCUUAGCCUAGGUAAAAAAAGGUGGACUCAAACUUGCAGCCACCAGUGAAGGCAAAGAAACAACUGUGAGAAGAAUGGAAUGGCUUCAGUUAGGGGUUGGGUUGGAGGUUUUUUUUGGUGGAGAAGUUUCUUGCCAAGAAUGACCAGGCUUUCAUCACACAAAAAAAGAAAGAAAUCCUUUCCUUCCCCCAGAUUCAGCAGUUUGGUUAAGUCUGCCAGGGGGGUUGGAGCUAUUGGAAAGAUACUCACUCAGCUAUUUGUUCUUUAGGUGCAUUACUUCCAUCCUCUUGAAUGGCUGAAAGGAAAUGGUGUAGGUGAUCACUGUGGUGGAGGACAGGAUGCAAAACCUUCAUCUAUGGCAGUAUUAGGAGCAAUGGGGAACUGUGAGUCUUGAGGGGUCAUUUUGGGUUUGGUUUUGUUCUUCACAACUUUAAGUAUUGUAGGUAGAAUUUUAUUUAUCUGUUGUACAGACUUGGUUAAAAGAUUUAUUUUUCAUGGUUGAAAUACUGCACUUGUUUACUAUUACUGUAUGUGGGAUAAAUAUAUUUUCUUUUCAAGGGUGUGUAAAAAGAUGGAGUAAUUUAAACAUUAAAUAAAUGUGCUGUGGAUGCUUAUUUUUGUAA